AUGUCAGCCUUACAGUUCAGAGGGAAUCCAAACUACCGUGGAUCGCGUCCGAAUCCAUCAACUCCCACUGCAGACCGACCGCUGCUAUCUAGAAAGAGUGAUAGCACACCGGAAAAACUCCAAGGUGAAACCAAGACCAAACCUCCACGCAAGUUCGCCUCCUUGCUUGCUUCGAGCAAUAGCAAAGAGACCAAAAGGGACACGUCCGAUGAUGCCUCCGACACUGAGCGACCACACAAGAAGCGCACAAUGAGUGUUGAUGAAUCCCAAGACCCUACACCAAUUUCAAACCCUUGCCCCUCUGUUCCGAGAUGGUCCAACCCGGAUCCUUACACUGCGAUACCCUUACGAAGCAAACAAACGAAUCAAAGGCUCGAUGUUGUCAAGCUGAUUCAAAAACCAAGACUUGGCGAUAAAGCGAAGGCAGCUGAGACAGAUGAACUCAGGGAGAACUUGGAUUUCGUUUCCCUCAGCAUGAUAUCAGAAUCAGAGCAUCAGAGCAACGCUCCCGAGAACGCCUCCGAUAUCGCCCUCAAAGGGCCAACAAGCCAGGAAAAUGUGUACUCUGCCGACCCGAGUCGAAAGCGAACCCGGAGGGGUGCGAUCAAACGCCACGUUAGGAAGACCGGCAAGCCUACAAGCAAGUACAACUGCGACGGUUCAGUUAUCAAGGAGUGGAGACCACCGUCCCAAGAGACGGGUACGCCUUGGUUUGAGUCCACUCCGUUAGAUCGCGAGAUUCUCAGCUUUUAUGACUGGGCCAAGCCACAGGAAUUUGGAAACGUUGUCCGUAGAGAUCUCGUCGAGCGAUUGAAUAUUGCAUUUCAAAGUCGAUACGCUGGCACUGAAAUCCAUGCUUUUGGCUCUUCUGCCUCUGGUAUCUACCUGCCUACCGCGGAUAUUGAUCUGGUACUACUGUCCGACAAUUUCAGACGCACAGGAGUGCGUUCAUUUGGUGAGAGGAAAGGAAAACUAAACGCAAUUUCGGGCUUCCUGGAAAGUACCAAUAUUGCUGUUCCUGGUUCGAUCGAGUGCGUUACCCAUGCUCGGGUCCCGAUCCUGAAGUUCGUGGACCGGCUGACUGGGCUGCGUGUUGAUAUGUCCUUUGACAACAACAGUGGGUUGAUGGCCAACGAGACAUUUAAAACAUGGAAGGAGCAGUUCCCCAUAAUGCCCGUUAUUCUGUCAGUGGUCAAGCAGUUUUUGCUGAUCCGUGGCCUCAAUGAAGUCCGGACUGGUGGACUGGGAGGCUUCUCCGUCACUUGCUUGGUCACAAGUCUACUCCAGCAUCUGCCCAAAGGACAUAUGCAGCUCAACCCUGGCAGCAUUCUCAUGGAAUUCUUUAAUUUCUACGGAAACAAGUUUCAAUACAAUCAAGCGGCAAUCUGUUUGGAUCCUCCGGGAUAUUUCAGCAAGGUGGGAUAG